AUGCUGCAGGUUCGCGUUGUAAUCGUCAACGUAAUGUCCGGCACACUGGAGUAUGGGCAUGGCACGCUUACUGGACCUCUGGUUUCAACAAUGAUUGCGGGAGAAGGCCUUUUAGAAGAGAUUGAGGAAGCAUUUGUUGCUGGAUUUGAAGCUGGAAUGAACGUCCUUAUGGAAGAAGCUACGAUGACCUUCUCUCAAGGCGGGAACACCUUUUUCUUUGUGGCCCAACCCGACUCCGCACAACAGUGA